UUGUUUCAGCGGAAUAUCCAAUUCUUCCCGACUUUCAUACUUUAAUUAAUGAUUUGUCUGGUGAUUUUCCUGUUCCCGUAUCUGAAGGAGAGAGAGUAAAAAAUUCUUGUCUAGAUAUGGUUGAUUUUUAUGAAGAUUUGUAUGGUUUUCAGGUACUAAAAUCUCAUAUAUCUCACCUUAACAGAAUACACUGCAUUGAGGAAAUUUUUGGGAGAAUUGCAGGUUUCAGGAGCAAAUACAGUAGCAGUAGUGCUGGGAGAACUUGGUUCUGCUAUGUCAUUGAAGGAAAAAACUUGGAAGUCCCAUGACCCAAAGCGUUAGAGGAUGCUGGAUUAAAGCUGGAUUGUCUAAGGCCUGUUGUAGAGAAAGCCAAAACAGUGUUGUGUUCUUUAACACUAGUUGCCGGUUGGAGGCAUUAGAGAAGGGAAAAAGUUCCCUAGAAACUCAACUUCAGACUGGGUUACCGUGAUACAUUAUACAAGGAACUAUGGCAUGCCUGUGCUGGACCUCUUGUACCCUUCCUUGUGCAGGGGAGUUUAUUUUUUCUCACAAGGUUACAUGGAACAUGUGUUUUUCAAUUUAGUAGUAAACUGAUAAGUCUCGUAACAUCUGUUUCUUAUCAGGCAAUACAUAUACCUUAGACAAAACAAUGGGGUUUUGGAGAAAAUUACUUUUCUAUGUUAUUGUUCAGAUACUUUCUUUUGUCUACAAGCAUGUAAUUUUGUCUUUUGUCUACAAGAGGAAAUGCUCCCAUUCAUUCUUCCGUCUAACAUUCUUCAUAGAGUGAUUUAUGUUCAGCGUAUGGCUGAACCUGAAACUGACCAAGUUUGUGCACAGAUAAUUCUACUUCCUGAACUAGAUCAAACAGAAAUUACCAGCCCUGAUCCUCCCCUUCCAGAACAAGAAACAUACACAAUCCAUUCAUUUCACAAAACUCUUACUGCUUCAGACAUAAGCACCCGUGGCAGUUUAUUUAUUUAUCGAAAGCAUGCAGAGGACUGUCUUCCUCCAUUGGAUAUGUCCCAGCAGCCACCUAGGCAGGACUUGAUUGCAGCUGAUCUGCAUAGAAAUAAGUGGCAUUUUCAACACAUUUUUCGAGGUAAACCUAAGCGCCACGUACUCACAACUGGGUGGAAUGCAUAUGUUAACUCCAAAAAGUUAGCAGCAGGCGAUGUGUUUAUCUUUCUAAGGGGAGAAAAUGGAAGGAUUCACAUUGGAGUAAGAAGGCUUGUGAGACAAGAGAGAGAUAUUUCUUCUGUUAUGUCAAGUGAAAAUUUGCACCUUGAGGUUCUUGCUAGUGCUUCACAUGCCAUGACCACUGGAUCUCUUUUCUGCGUCUCAUACAGACCCAGACAAAAUUCGUCUGGCUUCAUUGUUAAUGUCAAUAAGUACCUUGAAGCUCAGAAAUAUAUGUAUUCUGUUGGGACAAAGUUUAAAAUGAGAUUCGAGGAUGAGCAGAUUCUUGAAUGCAGCUUCAAGGGCACAAUUGUUGGUAUUGAAGAUAUAUCCUCAAGAUGGCCUGAUUCUAAAUGGAGAUGCUUAAAGGUUCAAUGGGAUGAACCUUCUUCAAUCUUGCGUCCAGAAAGAGUUUCUCCAUGGGAAUUAGAACCACUUGUAGCAAUUUCUACUCCAAAAUUUCUCCCUGGACUAGGGAAGAAGCGAGCUCGACCAUGUCUUUUGCCCUCAUCUGCACGAUACUAUGUAGAUACGUGGAAAUUCCCUUCUGAGUCUCCUGCUGCUUUCUCCUAUUAUGACCUCUAUUCAUCAUCCAGUUCAUCUUCUACUUCUAAGAGCAAUUCUCUUGGUUUUAGUGGCUUUAGUUCACAGGCUAGCAUUUCCCCCAACCGAGUGGAAAAUGUUGUGGAGUCUUCUGCCUAUGCUGUUGAUGAAGAACCAGGAAAUGUGGGGGAUGGUUGCCCAGUUCUAUCUUUAGAUACGUCUGACCAGCAUUCUGAAACAUUGAACAAUAUUAAUCAGUCUGAAAUACAUUCAGGAAGUUGUGAGCCUAAGAAACUCUGCCCGCCAUCUCCUCAGGAAAUUGAAGGCAAGCAGAUCAGGAAGCAUGUAAAGGUUAAAAUGCAAGGUGUUGCUGUUGGGAGAUCAGUUGAUUUGACACAGAUGGACUGCCAUGAGGACCUGCUAAGAGAACUGGAGAAGAUGUUUGACAUUGAAGGUAAACUCAGAGGAUCCACAAAGAAAUGGGAGGUUAUCUACACUGAUGAAGAAGGUGACAUGAUGUUGUUUGGGGAUUAUCCAUGGCCUGAAUUCUGUAGCAUGGUGAGGGAGAUCUUCAUCUGUGCAUCAGAUGAGAUCAGGAGGAUGAAAUCGAGAUCAGGCUAACACAAUAGUUGAUCACCUUCCUCUUUCUUUUCUUUUUUUUU